AGCCCCAGCUGUUGCGUGAGGAAAUAGGCCUGGGAAGACGUUUCUGGACUAUCUGCACUCCGGCGGUGCUAGUUUGCUUUCCAUCGCCUGGCCUCCGGGCGCCGGGUGCCCGGCUCCAGCGUCUGUUUUCCCUUGAGGUUGGAAGAUGGCAGCUGUAGCGCCACGCAGAACUGAAAGGGCUCUCGAGCCCCCGCGCUCGGCCCGCGUCCCCAUGGGCCCGACCCGGAAGCCCAACGUGUGCCUGCGGCUGAGUCGCCGGGCGCUCGGCUUCUACGCGCGCGACGCGGGCGUCGGGCAGAGGAUGAACCUGGGUAUCCUGCGGGAGCUCGUGUGCCAGGAGAGUACUACAUUUAAGAAUGUUUGGACAACUCAUUCCAAGACACCUAUAGCCUAUGAGAGGGGAAGAAUAUAUUUUAACAAUUAUCGAUGCUGUGUCAGCAGUGUUGCAACAGAGCCAAGAAAACUUUAUGAAAUGCCAAAAUGUCCCAGAUCAGAAAAGAUAGAGGAUGCUCUAUUAUGGGAAUGCCCAGUGGUGAGAUUUGUCUUUAGAGCAUUUGUUUCUAAAAAUAAAGUCUGUCUUCAUUUUUUUGAAAGGUACUUGAGUUGGGAUACUCCUCAAGAAGUCAUUGCAGUCAAGUCAGCUCAGAACAAAAGCCCAGCAGGGGCCCGGCAGGCAGGCAUUCAGCAGUCAGUUUUGUUAUACCUUGCUGUGUUCCAUGUUCUACCAUUUUCACUUAUAGGAAUUCUAGAGAUCAACAAGAGGAUUUUCGGGAAUGUUACAGAUGCUACUUUGUCUCAUGGAAUACUGAUUGUGAUGUACAGCUCGGGACUAGUCAGACUCUAUAGCUUCCAAGCUAUCACUGAACAGUUCAUGCAACAGAAACUUGACUUAGGUUGUGCAUGCAGAUGGGGUGGGACUACUGGAACUGUAGGAGAGGCUCCUUUUGGCAUUCCUUGUAAUAUUAAAAUCACAGACGUGCCACCACUGCUCUUUGAGGUCUCAUCCCUGGAGAAUGCAUUUCAGAUCGGAGGCCACCCUUGGCACUACAUCAUCACACCUAAUAAGAAGAAACAGAAAGGUGUUUUCCACAUUUGUGCCCUCAAAGAUAAUUCCUUGGCAAAAAAUGGGAUCCAAGAAAUGGAGUGUUGCUCUCUAGAAUCUGACUGGAUCUAUUUCCAUCCUGAUGCUUCUGGAAGAAUAGUACAUGUUGGCCCUAAUCAGGUCAAAAUUCUAAAACUAAGUGAAAUAGAAAAUAAUAGUUCUCAACAUCAGAUUUCUGAAGAUUUUGUCAUUUGGGCCAAUAGGGAAAACAAAAAUAAAAACUUAGUUACUGUCACAGCUUCUGGACGGAUAGUGAAAAAAAAAGUUAACCUGCUGGAUGACGACCCAGAGCAAGAGACUUUCAAAAUUGUGGACUAUGAAGAUGAGUUGGAUUUGCUUUCUGUGGUAGCUGUUACUCAAAUAGAUGCUGAGGGAAAAGCUCACCUGGAUUUCCACUGUAAUGAAUAUGGAACUUUACUUAAAAGCAUUCCAUUAGUGGAGUCGUGGGAUGUGACCUAUAGCCAUGAAGUCUACUUUGACAGAGACUUGGUACUACAUAUAGAACAGAAACCCAACCGGGUCUUCAGUUUGUAUGUUUAUCAGAUGAUAUGUGAUCCUGGGGAAGAAGAAGAAGAAGCAGAAGCAGAGGAAGAAAUCCUAAAUAGAACUUGUUCAAAAGAAUGAGAUAAUUGUAACUUAUCAAACUUUUAGCCAGACACCCCAGCAGCUGCUUAUUAUGUGCAUAGCACAUUCUGCAGUAUUUUUUAAAAAAGGUAUUGUGUUAAUUCAAAUGAUUAAAACAAAGAACUACAUUUCAUGUAAAUUUUUUUUAGACUGCUGUCCCAAGAGAUGUAGCAUUUUGAAGCUUUUAUUUAGUAGACAUUUAUGUAUUUAUAAGACACUGGAGAUCAGAGAAGGACAGUUGUUGAGUAUUAUAAAUGCAGAGGUAUUUAACAUAGUUCUUAAAAGAUGAUGUGGGAUUUUGAUUGGCAGUAUCAGGAUAGAGGCAAAAAUAAAAAUAUAAAAGACACAGAAAUUGU